AUUUAAUCUGUGUUCCGUCAAGGAACGGCGACGGAAGUCUCAUUGUCGUGACCGAGUGCCACCCCGCUGCAGCACACGAAAAAAAUUCGCACAAGCCCUUCGUCGCGAAAGCUCAUCGACGCUGAGAGUACCAGCAGCUUCUUCCUCCCAAGCACACAACAAAAGUUUCAGCAGAUCAUCUCGUUGCACCAGACUUCUGCUGAAAAAAAAGCAGAUGCUCCACGGGCAUUGCGUUUUUUGAAGCUCUUGCCUCCCCCCCGUCGUCGUCAUCCUCGUCGAGCCCACGACACGUAGGGCGCUAGCUGCAGACGCGGCACCACACCUCCGCCACGUGUCCGUCACGCAGCGACACCCCAAGAUGUGUGACGCAAUGGACGAGCCGCCGAGAGCGGCACGUCUGCUCGCCAAACCCGUCAAGACUUCCUCGGACGACAGCUGUUGGCUCGAGCAGUAUCGGCGGAACAAAGAGGAUCCGGUUCCCCCCUCCUCCACUUCUUCCAGCUGGCCGAUAACACUGCCUCCUCCUGCAAUCUUGUCUCGACCCUGGCGGAUGUGUUUUGGGAGUGAGAGAGGAUGAUGAGUGCUCUCGGUGAUGGUGCUGAGAAGCGCUUGCUUGAGUGUCCUAGUUUGAGGCAAAGGGUAGAUAGCCUUGUAAUGUGUGGGGCAUGGGCCAGAAGACAUUGGAGGCUUGUCGAGAAAGGGCCUACAUUCUACGCUUCCUAGGACUCCUGCCAUCAGUCCAGAUUGUCAGAUUCAAGAUGAGCAACGCUCCUCCAUCAAGUGAGAAGCCUCUCCUGACCUUUGGCGUCUUGACUGACGUCCAGUACGCAGACUGCGAUGACAAGCCAGCCGGGUAUGAUCCGUCGCUCAUACGCUACUACAGGAAUGCCCUGAACCAGGUGGAGCGUGCGUAUGCCCACUGGAGCCGGGUGCCAGGCGUGAGCCUAGUGCUGCAGCUGGGCGACCUGAUAGACUUCCACAAUGCGGGCUGCGGGCGUGGCCUGGACCGUGUCCUGGCUACCCUGUCCAACGACGGGUCGCUACCCACCUACCACACCCUGGGCAACCAUGAGCUCUACAACUGCACCCGGCGCGACCUGGUGCGGCGCUAUGUUUGCCCGCGCCUUCUGCCCAACUGGACGCCUCCUGCCACGGACGACCCGGUCUUUUACUACAGCUUCAGCCCCGUGCCGGGUGUGAAGCUCAUUUCCCUGGACUGCUUUGAGGAGAGCGUACUGGGCCGCGAUCCGUCGGAGCCGCGGUGGCAGCAGGCAGCGGAGCUGCUGACCAGGGUGCACGGCACGUCGGACCCACAGGCGUGGGAGUGGCCAGAUGCACUUUUGGGACUGGACAAGAGGUUCGUCGACUCCAACGGAGCACUGAGUGAAGCACAGUUGCAGUGGCUCAGUGCAGAGUUGACGGAGUCGGACGCUGCAGGCGACGUGGUCAUAGUCUUUGGCCAUCUGGCCAUCUCGCCCGCAAGCGCCAAUGCCGACUGCCUCCUGUGGAACUACAGGGACGUGAUGGACUUGUUUGAGGCGCACCCGUGCGUGGCUCUCUACCUGUGCGGACACACUCACCGCUGCGGCUAUGCCACGGACGCCCGCGGCACCCACUACAUGGCGCUGGCAGGGAUCAUCGAAACCGAACCCGAAAGUGUAGCCUUCUCCACGGUAUCCGUCUUUUGCGACCGGAUCGAAGUGGUUGGCUCCGGUCGUGAGGAGAGCCGGACCCUCGCAAUCCGUUGCCCGGAACCUGCGGUGGAGGACAACGCGGAGGAAGAACUUCUGGCUGCUGCAGCGUCUCCGCUCGCCGUUCGUGUUGCGGGGUGAUGUCUGCGUCGGUGUGCCUUCCUGCAGAGCUGUUGGCUUGUGCACUUGUACAUUUGAUCCGCUUGGCUUGCCACAAGUGAAUCGCAAGAAAUCAUUUGGUUGAGGAAGAGUGAGGCAGGGCUUUCAUUGACUGGCAACCAUGCUCUGUGUGAAAGGCUUUCACCUUUAGGGUUUAAAGGAGCUGGUGCUAGCUUCACCUUCCUCUUCCCAGUACAGGAAUUUUUUUGUAUCCUGGCUGCACGGUUUUUGUUCAUGUGUCAUUUUCGUCGCCAUGUAAACAAGCAUACUCGGUCCCCCUUACAACCAGUACUGUUCCAUGCAGGCAGAACAAGAGCCACCUCCUUUGUGCAUUUUAGCCAAUUGCGUUGAUAAUCUUUUAUCGCCUUCUCCCCAAUUUUUUUUUCUUCCCCAGAAAACAUUACAGCAUCCACGCAAUCGUAAGGUUCUGAAUAAUGCGAGGCAGUGGCAAUAUUCGAUCUAUCUGUGGGCUUGUGACUACUUGCAAGCAUUCUGUAGUGACUUCACACUUAGGCUUGCUGUGCACAUUCAUAUUCAUUAUUGAUUGAAUUCAAUGUGCUGCACAUGCGUCCUUAAUAUCCCUGUGCCACAUACUUGCAAGCCUGUAUGUUGCCAAGGGACCGAAUCAGCAGAGUCAGUGACAGGUCACUUCAGUGCUGCGAUAGGUCGAUUCAACAUUCCUUGACUUCUCUAGCCCGCUUUUAAAACGGUCAUAGUAGAGUGUUUUAGUUGAGCGCCUUUACGGUCCACUCCGCUCCGAGUUGCCCCGCUAAGGCCACAGCGAAGCAGUGGGUGAUGUUCAGCUUUUAGUUAUGCCUUUAGCGUAACGGAGUGAACCUUUCGUAGUUGCAGCGCCCUCUGGCCAAAUUCAGCAUAGUGAAACAAAAUAGCAAAACGUUUUGUCACAUUUACACAGUGAAACGAAUAUAUGUAACUUGUUUGUUUCAUGAAGUAUCUACACAAGCACUUGUAAUGCGUUACCAGUUCGUUUUAUCGAGCGGAAAAUGAAGCGUCAACUUGGUGAACGCUGCGCGAUAGCCAGCGAGGUUGCAUUCUGCAUCCAAUCUAAUCCUUUCUGAUGCCAAUGCGCUGACGACGCGCGCUCGCACGUCUAGUGCCUCGAUGCAAGGUGCAUUGAUGCACCCGCGAGAGAGGGUACGUGCAUCGAGCACCCUCGCUAGUGAAAGACAGCAGCGAUGCUCCGCUUAGGCAUCUUGUAAGCGAACCAUGUUUUUCACUCCGCUAGCCCGCUUGCGACUAAGCGGAGGGUGCAUGGGCAUUCGCACUUCUGCUCCACUUAGCCGCUGAGCAGAGUGUAAAAACGCCAAACUAAAACACUCUAGUAUUUCUAUCGCGUUUUUGGGAUGUUUAGCAUGGAAGACGUCGAUUGUAAAGACCAUAGAUUUGGGAAUGUACGAAAUAUAUUGAUGAGAAAUAUUUUUUGCCCUGAAAUACAUUCUGGUAUAUUUUCGUUUUACUUGUGUUAGCUCGAAAUUGUUUUCGUGGGGCUGGUCUUGGACUAUCUUGCCUUUAUCUUUUCAACUUCAUCGUAAACCAGUUCCUCAUUUUAGUUUUUCAUUUCGCACUAUUUUAAUUUUUUCCUAGGUUAGCUGAACUUGCUCCUAAUUAGCUGUGUGAGACAUCUGUUGAUGUCACCUUAAGAAUAGGAAUUAAUGAGUGUGUCCGACUUGUUUGAGCAUGAAGGUUUUAUAUUCGAAAGAUGUGCCAAUAAGUUUUAAAGUUCCUGGAAUGCACUGAUGUUUGCCAAAAGCAACACGUGCACAUAGCGCAACCAAAUGUACUUAUGCCCCGUGUGGAGCGUUUUGCCAUGUAGUACAUGUUGUGAGGUUUCAGUACCUCCUGUUUCUUGUGUCUUUCUUGUGUAUAUGUUGCCCGUGUUUUACCGGGAUGUGUUAUGGUUUUGGGACACAGCAGAGCUUCAUUGGAGUGGUACCUUGCGGGAAAAGAGAGCUGAUUAUUACGGUGGGCCUUUAUACAUACCACACUAUGUGCGAGGGUUUAGUAGCUUGUACUGCAUUUGUUUGGUAGAGGUUUUGCUGCACAUUGUCUCUGUUUUUGGAGGCAAGGGAGCAAAUUUUUGUUGAAUGCAGCCACCAUUGCCAUUUUUUCGUAAGCACUAAUGCCACAUCCUUACUUGGCCAUUUGUGUGUUUCUAGGGAAGUCUUGUGUUAGUCAUUUACUUACUAUCUUAGCACCAAAUGUCGCACACACACAUGCAUCAUGUCAUUCUAGAAUUUUCACUUUACACAAGCUGCCUCACAUAAUGCAUGGCAGUGUGUGGCUUUCUUAUUUAUUGCUCUGUUAUGGUUCACGUUUAAAUGUGUUUACUGCAAUGUCAAUUUGCCUUGCAUUUCUUUUUUUGUACUGCAUAAUAUGGGGAGCACGAAUCUCAGCAAGAACAGUUGAGCAGUAUUUCUUCUUCUGGCUUUAGUUUAAUAAAGUUCAUACAAAUGCUGCCACAUGCUUAUUCCUUCUU